GAUUUUCAUGCCGCCACCUGGCCGGCGUGACGGCCGCUCAAGCUCAAGAUGCCGUGCAGUCCUGGAUCAGCAGCCAGGCACAGGGCCUCUGGAUAGCGUUGCAGUCCUCUGGGAUCCUGCCGGUCCUGUUGCACAUCACAAUCAUUUUCAUCACCGUCGCCGUCCUCCCAUCAUUGUUCAAGCGACUCUUCCGACUCCGACGCUCGGAGCAAACGGAUGAGGAGGGAUCGGACGACUCGGGAUCGAAGCCGCUCCCCGAGCAAAGCUUCGGAGGUCCCAUCGGCUAA